GCCUGUAACUACGUGAAUGACGUCAUUCUGAACGCCCCCUAGUGUCGGUUUCUGGAAGCGCCGCAUGCAGAAGUCGGAGCUGAAGAUGGCGGAGGGGGAAUUAAACGUUGACAGUCUUAUUUCUCGGCUUCUUGAAGUGCGAGGAUGUCGUCCUGGGAAGAUCGUUCAGAUGACUGAAGCAGAAGUUCGAGGACUCUGUAUUAAAUCUCGGGAGAUCUUUCUUAGUCAACCCAUCCUGCUGGAGUUGGAGGCUCCACUUAAAAUCUGUGGUGACAUCCAUGGGCAAUACACAGAUCUGUUGAGGUUGUUUGAAUAUGGUGGUUUUCCUCCGGAAGCGAACUAUCUCUUCCUGGGUGAUUAUGUGGACAGAGGGAAACAGUCUCUGGAGACCAUCUGCCUCCUACUGGCCUAUAAAAUCAAAUACCCCGAAAAUUUCUUCCUACUGAGGGGGAACCACGAGUGCGCCUCUAUUAACCGUAUCUAUGGCUUUUAUGAUGAGUGCAAGCGCAGGUUCAACAUCAAACUCUGGAAAACUUUCACAGACUGCUUCAACUGCCUUCCUAUUGCUGCCAUCAUAGACGAGAAGAUCUUCUGUUGCCAUGGAGGUCUUUCUCCUGAUCUGCAGUCAAUGGAACAUAUACGCCGGAUUAUGCGACCAACCGAUGUCCCGGAUACAGGGCUGCUCUGUGAUUUGUUGUGGUCAGACCCAGAUAAGGAUGUUCAGGGGUGGGGGGAGAACGAUCGUGGAGUGUCAUUCACUUUUGGUGCUGACGUAGUGAGCAAAUUUCUCAACCGGCAUGAUCUGGACCUCAUCUGCAGGGCACACCAGGUGGUUGAGGAUGGAUACGAGUUCUUUGCAAAGCGACAGUUGGUCACUCUGUUCUCAGCACCAAACUACUGUGGGGAGUUCGAUAAUGCUGGUGGAAUGAUGAGUGUGGAUGAGUCACUCAUGUGCUCUUUUCAGAUCCUGAAACCAUCAGAAAAGAAGGCAAAGUAUCAGUACAGUGGGGUCAACUCGGGGCGACCUGUAACCCCGCCCCGUACUGCCCAAGCUCCCAAGAAGAGGUGAACGGCUUACCACCAAGAGUCACAUUCUCCGUCACCCCAGGAAACCACCCCGGCUGGGGCAUCUGUACCCUUAACUCCCCUCUGGAAUUAACCUACCCUGCCAACCUUUUCUGUCUUAAAAUUUCUUAAAGUUUGUGUACAGAAAUUUUGCUGUGACCGGUUGACGGUUUCUUGUUUAAGUUGCUCUGCUUGUUUGUUUAUUGGUAUUUUAAUAACAAUGAUAAGGUAAUUAAUAAUAAUGCUUAGGGAAGCAUCUAUUCUUAAGCAAAACACACACAUGCUCUCACACAAAGAUCUCAGUAGUGUCUUAAUAUGUUUGCAUUUGAUUAAACUUUACUUCAGCACUCUUCUAUUAUUUAAGAUUAAUGUUGAUUCAUAAAGAGAGUGAAGAAGUAUUAAAAGUUAUUUCGUAUUUCCCUACACUCUGAAGUAUUAACAAUAGAGGAUUUCAUGCACACAAACACACACACACACACUUCAGCCCUGGAUCUCAGGCUUAUCUGUUAAUUCUGUCAGGGUGCUGGAUCACAAUUCAGCAGACACUUUACAUGAUCACAAAAGACAGAUCCAUCGUCUAAAAACUAGGUCAGUGCAGAAAAGCUGGAACGGGGAUUUUAACACUAAUGUUGUUACAAACACAUUUAGAAAGCUGCAUUUACAAACUGCAUUGCAUGUUCUGUUGUCUUAAUACCUCUAGGAUUUCCAACAAAACUCUAUAGUCAGACCUUAACUGUUUAACGUGCUGUUUUCAUGUCGUAUGAUCGUAACAAUCGGGAGAAGUGUCAAGACAUAGCACUUCUUUGCAUGACCCAUGUUCACACCAGUAAUAACCUGUCUGAAACGUCACGCCCCCACCAGCCAUUUUUUUAGCGGAUAAUAAGAAACUGACACAAGCUGACACAAGUAUAGCAGGUAGCAAAUGGGAAUGGCACCUCCCAGAGGAAGACUUUGGUUCUUCUUUUUUUUUUCUAAUAAUUGCACUUGUUUGGUGUAGCUCAUCCACAUUUAGAGGGUGAUGAUGACUCUAUUGGAUUUACUCUAUUUGCCUUUCAGUGAUGGAGCAUUUCCUCACAAAGAUAUACAUUUUUUGUUUUAUUUAUGUGUUGUUGUUUACUUAUUGACUUCCUAAUUUAUUUUCAAAAUUUGGGAAAGCUAUCAGUGUUCUAAAGCAGUUCAUGAGUUUUGCUUAAGUGGGCUUUAAACUUAAUAAAUGGAAGAAACACUU